UACGCGAGCCUCAUCCUCUGCUCCCGCUUCUUUUCACUAGAAGCACACGAAACUGAUCAAUAAGUCGUUCUUUUUCUUCUUGAUGUAUUUUCCGGAUAAAAUGCCAUUCUGAAUAUCUCGUAAAUUCAUAGCCUUCAUACUUCCGUGGAGUUUAGGUGUUGCAGUUACAGUCAUCAGAACAACCAAAGUUUCUUCCAUGUCCAAAUACUGAAAUGGCGUCCAUUUCGACGUGCAUCACUGGGAUCCCCAGUUGUGGGCUCCGGAGGCCACAAUCCUUCAUUCUUUCGAGUUUGGCGAAGCGCCCGAAGCAAGAAAUAGCUUUCCCUUGCGUGCAAAACCCGUUGAUUGGGGGAGUCUCGAGAAGGGUAUUGGAUUCUAGGGUUUUGGUGGCGAGGCCGGGGGGCCUAGUGGAAAGCGAUAAGGUGCCGUCGGAUGUGAGGAAGCGAACGAUGGACGCGGUGGAUGGAUGCGGAGGGAGAGUGACCGUUGGGGAUGUGGCUAGCAGAGCUGGCCUUAACUUGAAUCAAGCUCAGAAGGCUCUUCAAGCUCUUGCCGCUGACACAGAUGGCUUCUUAGAGGUUUCUGAGGAAGGUGACGUUCUCUAUGUAUUUCCAAAAGAUUAUCGAUCAAGGCUUGGUGCCAAGUCGCUUAGGAUUAAAGCUGAACCCUUUUUUGACAAGGCCAAGGCCGCAGUAGAAUACUUGAUAAGGGUAUCUUUUGGGACAGCGCUUAUUGCAUCCAUUGUUAUUGUUUACACUACGAUAAUUGCUCUUGUAACUAGCAGUAGAAGUGAUGACGAUAAUCGUGGAAGGCGUGGAGGCAGGUCAUAUGAUUCAGGAGUUACUUUCUACUUCAAUCCUUUUGAUUUGUUCUGGUACUGGGAUCCAUAUUAUUAUAGGAGACGAAGGCUACAAGCUGAUGAUGACAAGAUGAACUUCAUUGAGUCGGUCUUCUCCUUUGUAUUUGGAGAUGGUGAUCCUAAUCAAGGAAUUGAAGAAGAGAGAUGGAAGUUGAUUGGGCAAUACAUAGCAUCCAAUGGUGGUGUUGUUGCAGCUGAAGAACUUGCUCCAUAUCUUGAAAUAGAUUCUACGGAGGGUCUUAAGGAUGACGAAUCUUAUAUCUUACCUGUACUUUUACGAUUUGAUGGUCAGCCUGAUGUUGACGAGGAGGGAAAUAUUCUGUAUAGGUUUCCAUCUCUGCAGAGGACAGCUUCUCAGAAGAGUAAGAGGAAAGAAUAUGUUGGAAGGAGAUGGGCAGAUUGGGUUGGAAUUGAUAAGUUUUUCCAAGAGAAAAAAUGGCAGUUCAGUAAAACUGGCACGUCUGAGAGAGCAAUGGUCAUUGGUCUAGGUGGCCUUAAUCUGUUUGGAGUCAUUAUUCUCGGAACCAUGUUGAAAGAUAUGGCAGUUGCACCCAGUAGCUUCAUUAAAUUUGUAGCCGACAUAUUUCCUCUUCUUCAGAUUUAUGCUGCUUCUUUCUUCGCAAUUCCUCUUUUCCGGUGGUUUUUUAUUCGGAAAAAGAAUGAUGAUAUUGAAAAGAGAAAUAAAGCUAGGGAGCAGUGUGCACGACUUCUUGAAUUACCUGACACUUCACUAAGGCAGAAGCUUUUCAGUGCCCGGGACAUGGCCCAAAAGACAGUCAUAGGAAAGGAUCAAAUUGUGUAUAGCACUGAGAAGGACUUACUUGAGCAAGAUUACGAAGCUCUAGACUGGGAUAAAAAAUUUCGGGAGCUUGAGAGGUCCGAUUAAGAAGGGUCAACUGUUAACCCGUUAAGCAGGGAGUUAGCUCUUCUCAUGUAUUGACAACUUGAGCAGCACAGCAUCUGGACUUGCCUUCUGUGAAAGCAUUGGAUGUGGCCCUCGUAUACUGCAGUAUAAAAUUCAUUUCUUAGAUCCAGUAAUUUGAGUGAUAAAAUUUGUAAUUUGAACUAUAAAAGUAGUAAAAGUUUCUGUAGGACAAGCAAUAUAACUUGAUAGGCAUUGCCUUUGUAUUACGACUUUAUACGUCAGUGUUGAAAUGUAUUAGCGCGAAGGUGAAGAAAAUCAACGUUUAUCGUACAAGCACCACAGAUUAUUAGGAAGCAAGAUUGUUUAAGAUAUUGGUCCGGAAGUUUCUCCUUUGGCGCAGGUGAAAACGAAAUACCUUUUGCUGGUUUGACUUUUUAUAUCUUCGUAA